ACCUCUGAAGAAAAUGUAAACAAAAAUGGAGCAGAUCGUCAGAUUUUAUCAGUUGUAGCAUUUCUGUUGUGUCUUUGGUAAAAGCCAAUUUCUCCCGUUAGCGUUGGAUAUCACAUCUGAUAUUAUCGCAAUGUUCUCCAACAACAUGCAGCUCUAAUGUUGUCAUGGAUGAUGAGGACGGCAGGUGCCUUCUAGAUGUAAUUUGUGACCCAGAAGCUCUAAAUGACUUUCUUCAUGGAUCUGAGACCCAUUUGGACACUGACGACCUUUUGGAUGGUACGAGUGACCCCUCCAGCUCGUUCUUCUCUGCCGCUGGGGGCCAUGUUUCAGAGGUCCAGCCCGCGGUCCAGCUGCCAGUCAGCGAGUCGGCCGGCCUCCCCAGAGUCAGCGUGGACUUGGACUUCCUGGAGGACGAUGACAUCCUGGGCGGCUCGCCGGGCGGAGACGGCGACAGCAACGGCAUUGGAACGAACCACGAGCCGUGCGACAUCCUGCAGCAGAGCCUGGCGGAGGCCAACAUCACUGAGCAGAGCCUGCAGGAAGCCGGGUCCGAGCUGGACCUGGUGUCCUUCGGGAUCCCGGGCCUCACCCAGGUGGUCCAGACCCUGCCUGACGCUGGAAGCACCGCCGUCGGGGUAGGCAUCGGCGUCGGCGGGGCGGCGACCAUUUUCCCCGGGUCGGCACAGAGCACGGCGGGUAACCCUGGCAACGCCACGGCCGACAUGCUGGGGUCGGUUCUGGCCCAGCAGGGGCUCCAGCUGCAGCCGCAGGUGAUGAACAAAACCAUCAGCGUCCAGCCAUUCAUGCAGCAGGUCGGCCUCGGCAACGUGACGCUUCAGCCCAUUUCCAGCCUACAGGCCCUUUCCAACGGGAGCCAGUCGGGACCGUUGGGUAUCGGACAGAUUCAGGUUGUGGGCCAGCCGACGGUCAUGACCAUUAACCAGUCCGGGCAGCAGAUCCUGGCCAAAGCCAUGGGCGGGUACCAGGAGGUGUCCGCUGCUGGCUCUCAGGCCGGUCUGGGCCUGAUCCAGGGUAACAAAACCGCGGUCGGCGCUCCAGCUUUAAACGGACCGGCUGUUUCUGUCAGCAGCACGAGCAGCAUCAGCGCCGCCACCAUGAGCGCCCCCGCUGGGCUCGUGGGCUUCGGCGGAGGAGUGGCGGCGCCGACACAAACACAAGGCCAGAUCAUGCAGAACGUGAUCAUCCAGCGCACGCCGACACCCAUUCAGCCCAAACCCCCACAGGGGGGCGCCAUCCAGCCCAAAAUCUUCAAACCGCAGCAGCAGCAGCCGCCGCCGCCGCCGCAGGCAGCGUCCCAGGCUCAGCAGAAUGACGCACACAAAGCACUUGGGCUGCAGCAGCUUCCGGUUUCUGCUGCCCAGAAUGUGGCCUUCCUGGCGGGAAAGCCCGGUUCUAACGUCGUCCUGAGCACCCAAGCCGCCACUCAGGGCUCGCAGUUCCAGCAGGCCCUGUUCAAGCAGCAAGCGGCGCCGCAGUCUGGGAAGCCCCUCAGCUUGCAUCUGUUGAACCAGCAGGGCAGCAUCGUCAUCCCGUCCCAGACAGUCCUGCAGAGCCAGAACCACCAGUUCCUGCUGCCCCAGCUGCAGGCAGGAGGCCAGAUCCUGACCCAACACCCAGGCGGCCACAUCAUCACGAGCCAGGGCCCCGGCGGACAGCUCAUCGCCAACCAGAUCCUAACCGCCAACCAGAACAUCAAUCUGGGUCAGGUGUUAACGUCGCAGGGGCACCCCGGCGCCACCCACAUCCUGUCCGGACCCAUUCAGCUGCAGCCCGGUCAGAUGGGCACGCCGACGCUUUUCCAGAUGCCGGUCGCCUCUUUGGCUCAGAGUCAAAGCCAGACGCAGACGUCGGCCGCCUCGGGCCACGCCCAGACGGUGAUCCAGGGCCUCCAGAACUCCUUGACCAUGGUGGGUCAGGUGGAGGGGCUGAGCCCGGCCAUCAGUCUGCAGACGACCCUGCAGGCCCAGCCGGGCGCCGUGCCCAGCGCCGCAGGAGGCCAGACCGCGGAGGCUGCUGUUACCAUGCUGGGAGGCUCCGUAGAACCGGCGCCGCAGCUUUUGCCGCAGUCGUCGCUCCUUGCCGUGCAGCCUGUGUCGUCUGCCGCCGCUUCCUCCUCUCCGUCCAUGUCUGUCUCAACGUCGUCCUCCGUGACGGCCGUGGGGCUGGUCCCCCAGCAGGCUCAGAGCAGCCCAGGGAGGCUGCUGUUCACCAACCAGGGGUCCAGCAUGAUCCUGAGCCAGGAGUCGCUGCAGAUGUUCCUCCAGCAGGAGCAGCGCCACCAAACAGAGAAUGAGUCAACCCAAUCAGUGGGCGUCCCAGCGUCUGUAAUCGUCAGCAGCAACAGCGUCACUACUGCGGCCCCCGCUGUCCAUGACAGCCAGUUAACUGACUCCUGGCUGGGUCAGAGCCACAGCCCUUCCCCUGGCCCCUCCCACAUGACAGCAGUGGUAAAGGUUCCCUCCGGUGGAGCUCAGCAGGCUCUGAAGAUCCAGGGCAUGUCCUCCUCGCCGGCGUUGACCUCCCACGCCACGACGCCUCCGGUGGCGGAAAGCCCGCAGCCUUCCCAGUCUCCCCUGACUCUGACCCAGCAGAUCCAGUCUCCUCACCAUCAACAGCCGCCGCAGUCGCGCCCUUCCUCUCAGCCGCAGACUCCCUCGCGCUCCUGCACGCCGUCGUCCCACACCCAGCUCUUCAUCGUCCACAACCAGAUCGCAGAAUCUCCCAAACCCGCUGCCACCUCCGCCGCGCAGGCUCAGCUGCAACAGACGCCGCCCCAGCAGGUGCACGUUCAGGUCCAGCACCAACCUCUGCCUCGACCGGCCUCACAGCCCACGCCCUACCAGCAGGAAAUGCCUCCCAUGUCGCAGUCGCCCAAGCCUCUACCUGCUGCUGCUGCUGCUGCUGCUGCUCCACCUGCGCUGCACCAGUUUGCAGCACCUCCUGUUAGCGCCUGCGCUCCAGCCGUAGUGAAAGCCCAAGUUCCCCUCCAGGGCCUCACAGCUGGGCAGCAGCAUCACCUGCAGUUAGUAGGAGCACAAAUCCAGACUCUGUCCUCCAUCACUCAGCCCUCGCCUCAGCAUAAACAGCUGCUGGAGAAGCUGCAGCAGGUCAAGCAGAACAUCAUGCUACAAGCAAAGCCUCAACCUCAAGCCACGAGUCAGUUCAAUUCGCAGCAAGACGUGCCUGUUGACAAGGUGGUGAUGACAUCAUCAGCGGGCUCUGACUCACCUGCUCAGCUUCCCACGAUGCUGCAGCCGACCUCGGUGCUCGUCAAAACCGCCGCUGCAGGAUCAAGUGACUUACAGGUAUUCUCAGGAGCAGCAGGGCAAGCUGCUGCUGCAGCAACGGGGAAUCAGACGGUCACUCUUGCCAGCCUUACCCAGCCUGCACAGGUUCAGCCAAAGCCAGGAGUGAUCAGCUCGGUGGGGGGGAUGACUCUGGGAAAAGCAGCAAUGAAGAUCCAGGUGCUGGGGCCCGCUCUGACCCAGAUGCUGGUUCCGCAGCCGCAGCCUCCUCUGCAGACUCAGCUCACAUCACAGACGCCACCAGUAAAAAUGCCUUUAAGCACCGAGCCCAGUAAAGAAGCCAGGAUGCUGGAGCAGCUAAGAAAACAUCAGGGUUCAGUGCUUCACCCCAACUACAGCGCUCCUUUCCACUCGUUUGACGACACUCUGCACAGACUGCUGCCUUACCAUCUCUACCAGGGAACAGCCAACUCCUCUCAAGACUAUCAGAGAGUGGAUGAUGAGUUUGAGAGAGUCUCCUGCCAGCUGCUCAAGCGAACCCAGGCCAUGCUGGAUAAAUAUCGGUACCUGCUCUUCACAGAGUCAAAACAGAGACUGGGCCCGUCGGCAGAGAUGGUGAUGAUCGACCGGAUGUUCAUCCAGGAGGAAAAGGUCGCCCUGAACCAGGACAGGAUUCUGGCCAAGGAGAGACCGGAGGAGUUUGCAGCGACCGUGCGGAUGCUGGAGAGCGGCGUUCCAUCCCAGCCAAAACCAGCGCCUCCGGAUCUGCCGUCAGCGAGUCCGGCGGCCUCCACCGCUGCUCCUGCUUUGAUACCGUCUCCCGCUCCUCUCCUCAAGGUCGCUCCGACUCCUCCUCCUGCUCCUCCUGCUCCCCCUGCUCCUGCGUCUCCCACGCCUCCUCCUGCCCCCACCAUCCCCUCCAGUUCCCCCUUCCCUCCCACCAAGCUGGUUAUAAAGCACGGCGGCGGCAGCGCCUCCGUGUCCUGGUCCAGCAGCUGUCCUCCGGCGCCGGCGGCCAAGCCGGUUGCUCCGGCGGCGCCCUCCUCCUCUUCGUCGUCAUCGUCGGCGCUAAAUUCCCAGUCGGCGGCGGAUGACGACGACGCUCUUCCACAGCGAACCAGCAAGCCGCCCAUCAAGACGUACGAGGCGCGCAGCCGGAUCGGCCUGAAGCUGAAGAUCAAGCAGGACCAGACCGGGUUCAGCAAGGUGGUCCACAACACCGCCCUGGAUCCCGUCCACGCCCCCCAACCUCGCUCCACCCAGGAGCCGCCGCCGGAGCCCGCAAAGUCCCAGCACCUAGCCACGCCCCCCAACACCGUCAUCAGGACUCAGUCCCCGACGGCGUCGGUCACUCCCACUCAGAGCAACCUCAGAAACGCUCCUCCGUCGUCGUCAACGACAACGCAGAUGAACGGCUCGUUGGACCACCACCCGGUCAAACACAACCCGGCUGCGUCACAAACCACCUGCCGCCUGCCGCUUAGAAAGACCUACAGGGAGAACAUCAGUCCCCGGGUCCGGCCCGGCGUCCCCGGCGGACUGGACGAAAGCUUUUCCUACCCCAUCACCACGCCGUCGCCGCCGCGGCACGAGGCAUCCACCCCGCCAUCGGAACGGACCGUCAUAGCGAGCGUACGGGUGGAGAAGCGAGACAGGGAGGCGGACCCGAGUCUUGAAGGCGGACGCUUGGGGAACACGAUGGACAAAAUGAACGAGGUGUUCAACCGGAGCGUGAAGACGGCGACCCACCACCAUCUUUCUCUGCUGCUGGACCGCGAGGCGGCGAAGGAGAGGGAGGACGAGCACACGGACCAAGACGCUGACAAGUAUAAACGGUUUAGCGGGAAAAACAAACACAGGACUGGCGGGACGUUCAGAAUGGACCAGCACGCGCCCGGACCGCCGUCCCCGGAGUCGUCGUUCGCCCGAGACUCUCUGCUUCCCGCCAAACGCUGCAAGUCGGACUCGCCCGACAUGGACAACGCCAGCUUCUCCAGCGGCAGCCCGCCAGACGACUCACUCAACGAACAUCUGCAGUGCGCCAUCGACAGCAUCCUCAACCUGCAGCAGGAGCCCGCCGUGCGCGGACACCACGUCCGGGCCGGCGCCGGCAGCAGGUCGCACCAACACCAAAGUCAGCGCCCGGGAGACUCGGCGGUCUCCACACACAGAGUUCCGCCCCCGACGGCGCCGUCUGCUCCGUCGUCGUCCUCGCUGGGCCCUCAGGUCGGAGGGCGGGGCCACAACGGCAGCCUGGUCCCCCAGACUCAGAGCAGAUAACAGGGCCUCAGCCCCAGGCUGGACUGACCAGGGUGGCGCUGCAAAAGGGGAAAGACAGGGGGCGCUGCACUGCAGAAAACACUCAAUCUGACCACUUUUAGUCUGCUUUCUGCUGCAGCUCACUUUAAAUAAGAUAAAACCAGCUCACAAGUCUAUCUUGAUAUUGGAGCUUGUUUUAAGUCAACAGUCUUACAAGUUUUACUGGCAGAUUAUUUAACUGAAAAUAAAAAAAAUUUCCAAUGUUACAAAUUAAAUAAUCUGCCAGUGUAACUAGAAUAUUAAGAAAUUAUUGAUGUAAAAUAAGCUAAAAAGUUUCUUAUCAGUUUUGUCUUAUUUCAACUAAACUGAGAUAUUUCUACUAGAAACUAGACAAAAAUACAUGGCAAGAUUUUGUGUUUUUAAGUUACUCUCUUAAGCUGUGUUGACCUUGUUCACUGUAAAAACACAAACUCUGACCAAAUAUUUUUUUAUCUAGUUUUUAGUCAAAUAUCUUAGAAUGCUUGAAUAAGACAAAACUUACAAGUAACAUUUCAGUAAAAUAUAGAAACAUGUUUUAAGUCAAUAAUCAAAGUAAUCUGCCAAUUGAUUUAAUCGAUAUUAAAUUAUUUACUAAAACAUGCUUCUAUAUGUUGCUGAAAAGUUACUUUGAAGUUAGUUUUGUCUUAAAUUAUUUCAUAUAAAUGAAGAUCUUGGCAGAUUGUUUCAUUUAUAUCAUGGGGAAAAUAUUAGUGAAGAAAUCUGGAUUUUUAAAGCAUCAAUAUUAAGGAAUUAUUGGCUUAAAACAAGCUCCUAUAUCUUACUUGUGACUUUUGUCUUUUUUAAAGUGUAAGAACUUAUUUGCAGUAGAAACUAGACCAAAACUAUAUGGUAAGAUUUUGUGUUUUUGCAGUGUUUGUCCAUUUGAAUUGUCCAAACAUUUCUUAUUUUUAGCCCAAUUUAUGGAUUAAAUAUGGCGAAAGCAAAACGGUGAACUGCAGACCUUUAUCACGCCUGCUUUUUUAUGUUUCUUUUUUCCCUCUUCUUCAUGUUUACAUUCCUCUGACUUGUCCCCAGGAGGAGACUCUGUCCACUCGUCUGGUCGAAACGGCGUCCUGUCGAGCAUCACAGAAAAAUAAACCGGCGGGGCGCCUUAACGCGUUCCCUGCACCUUACACAUUUGACUCUUUGUCUCAAAUGCAAAUGACACACUUUAACUGCAGGCCAGAGCUGUAUGCCUGUAGUUACCUUGGUUACAAAACGAGGAAAUGAUUUGAGAAACUUUUUGUUUUGGUUGCUCUCUAAUGCUGUAACACCAAGAUGUCAGAAUGUAAAUUAACUCUGUUCUUUUCCGCGCCUAUCGACAGAUUUCACCAGAUUUCUGUUUGUCUAGGGCUCAGGAAGUUAAAGCAUUAUGCAUUUCCGUCAGCAGGGGGCAGACUAGUACUGACUUUCCUCAUUCUUUCAGCUUUCUUCUUCAGCUUUGUUUCCUGUUUUUAUUUUUAUUUCUAGGCCUGGUGGACAAUUCAAAAACAAACACAGCACAAAAACAUUGAAAUGGAAAAAAAUGGAACAAUAAUAAUGUACAAAAAAAAGACCGGAAGAGAAUUUGAAGUAUAGUAUUACAGAUUAAUUUUUGUAUUGUAUUUAUUGUGUAUAACGACACUUUUUAAAAAGAAAUGUACAUUUAGUAAAACUGUAAAUUAAACCUCGCUUCUUUUAUGAA